UUCAAUGUGAGAUGCUGACGUAUGAAGCUCUGAAAAACUUCGGAGCCAUGAGUUGGAGUUCGCGGACAUGGAGUCAAUGAAGAAAUGGCACCUUCGCCCCUUAUCCUUAUGCAAUCUCCUUUUCGUUGUUGUUUAUUGGCAAUCUACUUUAGCUGGUGACUGUCCUGCAGAUGGGCGCACCUGGGUGCCUUUUGGACAAAGAUGCUACCACUUUGUCCAUGGAGAAGAAGACAUGGCUAAAAGUUAUACGAUUGCAGCUGCGAAGUCUCUCUGCUCAGGACAUGAAUUGGUGAGUGUCCAAAGUGCAGAGGAGAAUGAUUUCAUCAUCAAGUACAGUCCGCAGGUGUGGAAAGGCAACAUCCAUGUGUGGUUGGGCAUGUAUUAUGACAGUGACGAUGAGGACUUUAAGUGGCAAGAUGAGACGGGCCUGAGCUUUAAGAACUGGGGGAACAGCUCCAGCUCGCCUGACUUGAUUCCCAUGGACACCUGUGUGGCAAUGCACAGCACCACAGGGGAGUGGGAGAAAGUCAGCUGUGUUGAAAACCUAGAGAAUGGAGUGGUCUGUGAGACUGCUGAAAAAGCAGAGAAAAACGGCAAACCCGCUACUAGUCCACUGCUCUCAGCUCUGGUCAUUCUGAGUGUGGUCGCCAUCAUGGGGAUCUCGGCAGUCUUUUGGUUCCUGCACCAGAAGCACCAAUUCGGUGCCGUCCUCGCAUCGUUCGAGUACCACCCCCCGUUCAGGGCUCCCACCUCUGACGAGGCCUGCCUAGUGGAGACCGAGGAGACAGAGGAGCUAGAUGAGGCUGAUGACAUGGCUUAAUGGAGAUCCUGCUCUAAGAUUCUGCUGUGUGGAGUCACUGUUGGAGGAGAGGCCUAGAGAGAAAAAGGUGACCCUCUUAAUUAAGACUGGUUCCGAAGAGAUGCGUUGACAGGUAAAAUUACAUCCUGCUAUGGAAUGACA